AUGAGCCAUUCCAUAGUCAACCAGCUCAUCGUCGGCUACGCACGAGAGGGUGGAAAGUAUCUAGCAACAGGAUCGGUGACGCUUAUUCGAUCGAUGAACACCAAUAUAUUAGUCGAUUGCGGUGACCCUUGGAACGGUGCCGAAUUGUUGCAAAGACUCUCGGAGUUUGGCAUCAAUAAAGAAGGUAUAGAUGUGCUUAUUGUCACACAUGGGCAUAUGGACCAUUGCGGGAACCUGGCGCUGUUCAAAAAAGCAAAAGUUUAUAUGGCUUCGGAUAUUGCUGUUAAUGGAGAAUACGAUACAUUUUCGGAGGAGAAUCCAAUAGUAAUAACGUCAGAAGUUGAGCUCCACCGCUGUCCAGGGCACACAGAUCAUGAUUUGAUAGUUGUUGUAAGAAAUACGGAACUGGGGUGCGUCGUCGUUGCAGGUGACAUAUUCGAGAACGAGGACGACGCUGAACAGUGGAGAUUGGUGUCAGCUUAUCCUGAAAAACAGGAAGCAAGCCGAGAAAAGAUUUACGAACUGGCAGAUUGGAUUAUUCCUGGACAUGGAACUUUGUUCAAGAACAUGAGAAAAAACUGA